AUGAACUAUAUCACGAAGGGAACCCAACCUAAUGACCCGAUCGAAGCAAGGAAAUUGCGAAUAAAGGCCGCAAGGUACGCCAUCAUAGAUGAUACACUUUUUCGUAAGUCUUUUUCAGGGCCAUAUCUCAGAUGCCACGAUCCACGUGAAGCCGAAUGGGUGCUAAAAGAAAUUCAUCAAGGGACAUGUGGGAACCACACGGGUGGAAGGAGCUUAGCCCACAAAGCGCUGACCCAAGGAUAUUUUUUGCCUUACAUGGCCCACGAUGCGAUAAAUGUCAAAGGGCCUUGGCCAUUCGCCCAUUGGGGGAUGGACAUCGUAGGACCACUUCCCACUGCAGCAGGGAGCAAGAAGUUCGUCCUUUUGGCCACUGACUACUUCACCAAGUGGGUGGAAGCCGAGGCUUACAAGACAGUGACCCAAACAGACGUGAAGUUACUGCGAGGAAAAAAGGAUCAUUCAACAGUUCUCGUCCCGAAGUUACCCUCAAGGAAACGGGCAGGCCGGAAAACUAAUCGUACGAUCUUUGAUUGCCUGAAGAAAAGGCUUGAACAACGCAAAGGCAAAUGGUCAGAGGAACUGCCAAAUGUAUUGUGGGCAUAUCGCACUACCAAAAGGAAACCAACCGGCGAAACCCCUUUUUCCUUAGCUUAUGGAACUGAAGCCGUCAUCCUUACAGAAAUCGGACUACCCACAGUCAGGACACUGGUGGUAGAGAGCAAUGAUAAUGAGCAACAGUUAGCUCACAACCUUCACAUGCUUGAAGAACAGCGAGAAGCCGCGUCGUUACGACUUGCGAACUACCAAAACUAG